AUGGAUGUCAUGCUUGAGGAACUACGCCACCUGUGUCUGUGGUGUCUUUUUGAGCUGCUGCUGCGGCUGCUGCUACAAGCUCAGGUGUUGGAAACCCUCAAUGAGUUUAGGCUUAAGGCCCACUAUCAAGUAUUCGCGGUCCCAUUUGGAUGCUGGACAGGAUGUUUGUGUCUUCACCUGCCAGGGUAUCUAGUUGCCCAACCAGAUGUGAUCUUCAGGUUGGGACCAGGAGAAGAGUCCUGGAUGGCAGAAAGAGGGACCCCAGUGCAGAGCUGUCCAGAAGUCUGGCAAGUUGAUGAGCAGAUAGAUUACUACAAGGAAAGCCAAGACAAACCUCUGUGGCAAGCUGCAUUCAUAGACAAGGAAACACUGAAAGAUGAAAGUGGUCAAGAAUGUAGAACAUGUAGAAAAAUCAUUUAUCUGAGCACAGACUUUGUUUCUAUAAGACAAAGACUCCCUAAAUAUUACUCAUGGGGAAGGUGUUUAAAACAUAAUUUAAACAUUCUUAGUCAAAAUAGAAGCUAUGUAAAAAAGAAAGAGGAUGGAUGUAAGGCAUAUUGGAAAUUAUGCUUCCAUUCUAAUCUUGAUAAAGCUCAGCCUGCAGAGAAAAUUUUUGACCCUAAUCAACAAAGAAAAGCCCUCCACCAUAAUCGAGCCCUUGAUAAAAGUCAGAGAAUUCAGAGUGGGGAGAAACUCAAUGAAUGUGCUGAAUGUGGAAAAGUGUUUAUCCAGAGAGCAAACCUUAUUGUACAUCAGAGAAUUCACACUGGAGAGAAGCCUUAUGAAUGCUGUGAAUGUGCAAAAGCCUUCAGCCAGAAGUCAACCCUCAUAGCUCACCAGAGAACUCAUACGGGGGAGAAGCCCUAUGAGUGCAGUGAAUGUGGGAAAACCUUUAUCCAGAAGGCACUGCUCAUUAAGCAUCAGAGAAUUCAUACAGGAGAGAGACCCUAUAAAUGCUGUGACUGUGAGAAAGCCUUCAUCAGGAAGUUAACUCUCAUAAAACAUCAGAAGAGUCAUACAGGGGAGAAACCUUAUGAAUGCAAUGAAUGUGGAAAAUCUUGCAGUGUGAAAUCAAGUCUUAUUGUACACUACAGAACUCAUACAGUAGAGAAAGCCUAUGAAUGCAGAGACUGGAAAAGCCUUCACAGUGGGAAGACAUCUCUCAUUAAACAUCAGAGAAGUUUAGGAGGUGAAACCUAAAGCCUACGAUAAACCUUCAAGUUGGAUGUGUAUAUCCAUUAUUUAUACAGUAGUGCUCCCUUACCUGGAGUUUCCCUUUCCAUGGUUUCAAGUUACCCAUAAUCCAAAAAUAUUAAAUUGAAAAUCACAGAAAUAAUUCCUAAGGUUUAAAUUACAUACCAUUCUGAGUAUUGUUAUGAAAUGUCACAUCACCAUGCUCUAUUCUGCCUGGGAUGUGGAUCAUCUCUUUGUCUAGCAUAUCCAUGUUGUAUGCCUUGCCUGCCUGUUAGUCACUUAGUAGUCAUCUCAGUUGUCAGACCAACUGUCAAGGAAUUACAGUGCUUAUAUUCAAAUCACCCUUAUCUUACUUAUAAUGGCCCCAAAGCAUAACAGUAGUGAUGCUGGCUAUUUGGAUAUUCCAAAGAGAAGCCAUAAAGUACUACUUAAAGUGAAAAUGUGAAAGUUCUUUGACUUAAAAGAAAAGUUGUAUGCUGAGGAUUCUAAGAUCUAUGGUAAGAAUGAGUCUUAUAUCCAUGAAAUUGUAAAGAACAAAAAAGAAAUUUUGUGCUGUCACACCUCAAAUUGCAAAAGUUAUGGCUACAGCACAUGAAAAUUACUUAAAGUGGAAAAGGCGUUAAAUUUGUGGAUGGAAGACAUGGAUAGACAUGAGUUCCAACUGACAACAAUCAGAUUCAGUACUAUCUACAGUUUUAGGCAGCCACUGGUGAUCUUGGAACAAUGGAUAAAGGACAUUGUGUGCAUUGUUAUAUGAUGCAGCAAAGGAAUUCAUUGAGAGUAAUCAUGUAAUCUAAGAUACAUCAGAAAGGCUUCAGAUAUCAUUUAGCCUUCAUUAGAUUUAAAACACAAAGUUACAAUAUUCAAAGCAUGCAAUAAAUGUGAUAAAUUCUUUACCCAUGAGUUUUUUAUUUUUAUAUAUAUUUUUGAGACAAAGUUUCACUCUUUCACCCAGGCUGGAGUACAGUGGUGUGAUCAUAGCUCACUGUAGCCUCGAACUCCUGGGCUCGAGCAACCUUCCCUCGUCAGCCUGCCAAGUAUGAAUAGCUGGGACCAGACACACACCAUCAUGCCUGGCUAAUUUUUUAAUUUUUUGUAGAGACAGGGUGUUGCUAUGUUGCCCAGGCUGGUCUCAAAC